GACUCAGACCGGACAUUCCAUAACGGGUGGAUACUUCUAUGGCCACCGACCACCGUCCACCGAUUUUUAUCAAUUCGGGCCCCUAGCGGAUAGGCUAGACCCAUGUUUUGUGUAAAUAAAAGUGUGGGCAUCAAAGGCCCGUCGCCUUUAAGCACUAGUAAGUCGCCACCACCUAAAGCCCAUAAGGCCCAUAACCAAAGUCUGACUCACGCGUACCAAGACACAAGUGCACAGAAAGUAAGAAAAAAAAAAUUAUUAAAAAUUAAAAAUAAUAAUUUUAACUCCCGAGAGAGAGAAAGAGGAGAGAGAAUCAACGUAAUGGGUCGUGUCGGGGAGGUCCCAGGACCAACAAUGGCGACGAAGAAGAGAAAGAAGAAGGGACGCCCUUCUCUUUUAGAUAUUCAAAAGCGUACUCUCAAGCAAGAACAGAAACUGCAACGGAAUCCUAAUUCGAAAAACCCUAAUGUUUCUUUCGAUUGCAUUGAGAGCCGGAACCGCCGAUCCAUUCGCCGGAACACUAUCACGGAUGGGAAUUCCGCGGCACAGGAGUGGAUUGGAGCCGAAGAUGACGACGACGAGCGAAAAGAGAAGAAGCAGAAGCCGUUGAUCGGAUUGAACUUGCAGAAUCAUAAUCUAAUUCACGGUGCCUAUGGGUCGAAUUCGGACAUGGAUAUCGAGAAUCUCGGGGCGGAUCUCAAGAGGAAAAGGAUCGCCGAUGGUAGUCUCGGAUCUGAUUUAAUGGGUGGAAGGGUUUGGAAAGCGACAGACACUCUUCAUGGCUCACCUGUGGAGUCUGGCCCCACGACACCUUUGCCAGACAAAAAGUUGCUGGUGUUCAUUCUUGACCGGAUUCAAAAGAAGGACACUUAUGGGGUGUUCUCUGAGCCAGUUGAUCCGGAGGAGCUUCCGGAUUACCAUGACAUUGUUGAGCACCCGAUGGAUUUUUCUACUGUGAGGAAAAAACUAGAUGGGGGAGCUUAUUCCUGCUUGGAACAAUUCGAGAAAGACGUUUUCCUGAUCUGUUCCAAUGCAAUGCAGUACAAUGAACCAGAUACUAUUUACUUUCGACAGGCACGAUCCAUCCAGGGGCUGGCUAAGAAAGACUUCGAAAAUUUGAGACAAGAUAGUGAUGAUGGGGAACCACAGCCCAAAGUUGUCAGGAAGGGUAGGCCUGCAGGCAAGGGCCUCAAAAAGUCACUUGAAAGAUCUCUCUUUGACCGUGUUGGUCCAGAGUUUUCUUCAGAUGCAACUCUUGCAUCUGGAGGAGAUAUUGCCAGCUGGUCUAAUGGUUAUAAUUUAAGAAAAUCUACUGCAUCUAAGUCCCAGCCUGCUGAUGUAUCAGUUUGGGCCUCUCGUGGAUCUCACAGUGGUGAAAACCAUGCUACUUGGUCAUCUGAAUGGGAGAAGGAAUUCCCAGCUUCUGUUGUGAGGGCUGUGAUGAAGCAUGGGAAGAAACAUUUUGCCGUAGAUGAGAAUAAACGCGCCACCUAUAAGCAUCCAGUGGCUUCUGAGCCGUCUGUUUGGACUACCUUUGACGGAGAACUGGAUCAACUCGUGCCGGUAGGUGUAGGUUUGGAGCAUGGUUAUGCCAGAAGUCUAGCUCGAUUUGCGGCAGAUCUUGGGCCUGCUGUAUGGAAAGUUGUCUCAAAGAAAAUUGAGAGUGUUCUGCCUUUCGGACUCGGGUUUGGUCCUGGGUGGGUAGGGGAUGACAAGGUAGAGGAAUGCUUGGCAUUUUUACCUUCCGAGAAUCGAAAUGUUCUGGACAAAUGUGAACCGGAACACCAUGUAGGUGGACUUCCACAAUCAUGUGGAGCUAACUCUAUUGUUGCAAGUAGAUUCUUCUCGCAGACUCAGGGAGAUAUGAAGGAAGGCGUCGCAGUAUCAAGUUCCCAAGGCGAGUUAAAUUCAUUGGAUGAUGUCAAUGGAGUAAAACAUGUAGUUGCUUUUCAGAAUCAACAAAAACCCGUGAUUCACUCCAAUAUGAAUGGUUUUAGUGGUGGCUUUGGCUAUAAUCAUCUAUCUCCAACGGGGACGCUAAGAAUUGAAACACUAACAGAAAAUUCUAGUUUUGAAGCCGCUGCAGUGCCUGCUCAUUCAAUGCCUGGUAAUGAUUUUGCUUCAAGCAACGGGAAUUUGACUGGUAGUUUUCGUGAAUUACCCACUGGAAACUCAUUGUCAACCGGCUCUGGCUUUGCGUUACAAACAGUAACCCGUGCAGCGGCUGGUCAAUCUUCACGGCAGGGAUUGUCACGGUUAGGUAAGCAGGAAUCCCCACCAUUUUCACCUGACCUAAACGUUGGGUUUCUGGCACCAAGUUCACCUGGUACAAAUGUUCUGAUUUGUUCACCACAGCAGCCAGAUUUAGCGUUGCAGCUAUGAAAACAUGGCUGUUCAUUUUUUUCUUAUAAUUUUUGACAUGGUAGAUUCUCAAAUUGAAAAUUGGUCAUGGGGAUGAUGCCAUGAUUGUCGCAUUGGAAAGCUUAGGGAAAUCUUUCUGUACAGAUCAAUAUAUUAUUCUUCUUUCCUUUCGAGGUUCAAAACCACACAGUAUUUAUAUCUCAAAUCAGUAUUCUCUAUUA